CGACUCCAUUGAAGCGGAAAAGGUCAGAGCUCGAUCUGUCUCAUUCCCAAGGACGAGACAUGGCGUCUGCUUCGUCGGAUCCCAAGUACAAGAAACAGAAAGUUACCGUCGACGUCUUAUCCAAGCCGAAACCAUCCCCCACCAAGAAGAUUGGCACGUCAAAGUCGGCGGCCCUCGCGACCGGUGAGGAUCCCCAGAACGCGAGUGAGGAGUUCCCCGACGGUUCUUUUUAUUGCCAUCAAUGUGCGCGUAAGAAGGAUGUCAAGGAUGGCCUUCAAUGCACUAUGGCCACCGCCAAGGGCCGCUGCAGAGGUCGCUAUUGCAAGCGUUGCCUCACUAAUAGGUACGGCCUCGACAUGGCCGGUAUCAUGUCGGACGGUACUGCCAGCCGAACGAAGGAGCACGUCAAAGGCACAAUGUUCAUUUUCAAGUGCCCUAAAUGUAAGGACGCCUGCAAUUGUCGCUACUGUCGCAAGGCGAAAGGACUCCCACCGACAGGCAAUUUUAAUCUUGCAGCUAAGAAGGCGGAGGCUGCCAAGGCUGAUAGUGACUCUGACGACGAUAAGCAGACUACUACUAAAGCGAAGGGCAAGCAACCCGAGAAGACCCCUAGAAGGUCGAAAGCUGAGGUUAACAAACAACCUAAAGGCUCCACGUCUGCUUCCGCGACUACUAAACCCAAGGUCUCUAAGAAGUCCGCGUCGACUGCUACUCCCGCCACCAACAUUGCAGCAAAGCCCAAACGCGCCUAUGCUCCGAAACCCAAGCCGAUUCCCCAACCUCACUGGAAAUCUGUCCAUCUUCCGUCGAACUUCUCUCACUCUGCGGCUCUCGCCCGUAUGGGUGUCCGCGAAUUUGUUCUCCGCUUCUCUAAUUUGUUCGAUAUGACUCGUCCCAACCUCGAGGAGCUCGAGGAGAUCGCAGGGUCGUCCGUCAACGGCCGUCGUCAUGCCGUUCUGGACGAUGACGAGGACGAGGAGAUGAUGACGGAGGAGGAAUGCGAAGUCUCGCUCGGGUGGGUGAGCGAGGUGUGCGUCAAGACCAUCGUCGUCGGCCUGCUCCACCUCAUUGCGGAGAACGACGCUGCGGUUGGCAGCUCACAAGGGAGGAAAUUAGUCCUUACCGCGGCUAAGGAGGCGAACUCAUGUGGCGCGAACCUCUCUCGCCUUUGGGGUGCCCUUGCCUCUAUGCGCUCCUCCCUUUCCGCCCUCGCCGACCCGCUCGACACACUUACCUUCCCGGACCCGCUCCCGCCCCCAGUGUUAGCUACGGCGCAUAGCACGAGGAGUGGGAAGUUAGCUGGGAGCGGUGUACAUGUGGCGACGUCGGCGCAGUUGGUUUACGUGGUCGAGGCGCUCAUAGAGUACGCGAUUGGAGCAGGGAGGGUGAAGGAGGAGAUGGCGCAAGUGGAGGCGCAGAUCAAGGAGCUGGGUAAGGAAGACAGGGAGAGGACGAAAGAAGAGAAGGACAGAUGGGAGGGCGCUAAGAAGGAUGCGGACAAGACGGAUCGUGCGCAGCAUAAGGUAGCCCUCGCAGCCAUCGAACAAGCCCACCGCCUCGCCGUCCAGUCCUACAACCCCCGCUUCUCACCCCUCGGAAUAGACCAUGACGGUCGGAUAUAUUACGCUCUCACACCUUCCUUCGCCGAACAGGAAGCCACUCUCGCGCUCCUCCAAGGCGACAAGAAGAAGUCCGGGAAAGCGAAGGGCAGGGCUCGCAUCACUGACGACGAUAGAAAGGUGUGUGAGAAGUGGGGUUGGUUCGUCGCGGUUUAUGGCAGGAAACCUGCGGCAGAAAAGGGAGCGGCCGCGGAGACCAAACAGAAAGGCAAGAAGAAGGCUGAGGACGAGGACGAGGAAGGGCCGGAUGAUGGAGAGGAGAAGUUCUGGGCGUUUUGGGAACCAGAGGAGGUGAGGAAGGUAGCGAAGUGGAUAGAGUUGAAGAAUGGGCUGGACAAGGAGGAAAAGGUCAAGGCCAAGGGCAAGACUUCCAGUGCGAAGACGACCGACAAGACCGCGGGCGUGUCUGCAGCCAAGCCGAGGCCUAUGAGCCCCACGAAACCGGUCCCUGUUGUUCUUGUUGGGAAGGCGAAGGCUGGGGAAAAGGGACGCGCUGGUCCUUCCACGAGCGGCACUUCGACGAAGGUUACUUCAAGGGCGGCGAGCAGUACAGUCGUUGCUGAUACGGAUGCAGAUGGGGAUGUCGAUAUGGAUUCGAGCUCGAAGGCCUCGUCGCCUCUGUCUGAUGUUUCUGACGUCGAGGACCAGCAUAAGCACGGUCAUGCUGCGGAAGACGUGGAUGAGUUGUCGGAGCUGUCUCCGGCUUCGCUUUCAGAGGAUGAUGACGACGAGGAAAGCGAGGAUGAAGAUGCAGAUGAGCAGGACGCGGAGACGCAGAUGCGGGAGAUGAUGCGCGUAGAUGAGGAGGGGAGGGUGCUGCCCGUCAGGAAGGAUCUCGAGGCGUUGGUCAAGGGGUUGCAAGAGUAUGCGGACAUACUAGAGUGGAGGAUCAGUAGGAUGGUGGAUGACGAGGCUGUGGUUCAGGAGAAGGGGAAGGGAAAAGUUUAGAGUUUGGUGGUUCCCUGUUUGAUGCACGUCGUCCUGCGCCCUUAGAUGGACUUACUAACUUACUCUGUCCCGCUCCAAGUAAAGCUGGUGUUUCUUUUUUCUUUUUCUUUUUCUCUAUCUUACCGUCCUCUCGCGUACAGCGUAGUGCCGAUGUGUUGUAUAGAUCCGGUGCUCUGGCGUUGUGCACUCGGAUCAUCGCUUUCGUCGUCGUAUUCCUCGCUCCCGUCUAGUUCUGCUAAUGCAUCUGAUUGUUGUUUCUCCCAAGUUUUAUUCAGUUUUCGUUCUAUUUACUGUAACUUUUGGCCUCCUUGACCCUGACUUUGACCUUGACAUGACUACAGAACUCUAAUACUACUAGACCACGUUCUGUGCAUUUUAUUUCUGUCAUAUUAUUAGCUUAUCCAUUAUUGUUGC